UACUUCAUCAAAAGAAAUUGGACACCAAAAGAACUUCGUUUAAUUACCCCUUGAAAAUAUGUUAUGAAACAAUUGCAUGGUUCUGAUUCUGUUGCACUGUUUUUGUCUGCUUUCACAAUUUAAACCAUAUGACUACGCAACCAGCGUUUUGUUCCCAAAAAUGGUCCAAAUGGACAAAUUAUGUGAAAUUUAUUAUUUUCCAUAAAAACUAUCGGAAAAAUAGUUUAAAAUUAGAAAAAAUGGCCUUAGUAUCAGUGAUUUCUUAUUUCCCUUAAAUUAAAUUUUAUAAACUCCAUCGAAGCUCACUUUCAAAGCACAAAAGUUCACGAUUUGAAGAAGUUUUAAUUUACAAAAUCGACAAUAGAAGUUUUAAGUUUACAAACAAAUUUUGUUUUAAUCACUAAAUUUAUGAAAAUUUUAAAAACCCUAAAAGUCUCAAGUGAAAAACAAUUGUAUUGACAUAAACAUGACUAAUUGGAUUCUAGUUGGACUAUUUUUAUUGUUCUUGUGUGCUAUUUCCAUUCAACAACAUAUCACCAUCGGAGAUGAGUUCGAUGACACAAACAUCCAUGGAAUUCCGAGUUUUGAUCAGGUAUUAGAUUCCAACGAAUCACCAGAAAUGGGAAUUUGCCAGCCAUACACCGGAAAAAUCUGUGAACGGUGGAUGAGAAAUCAAACAGUUUUUAUAUCACCAGAAACAACCAUGGAUAUGUUGGAAGAAAAGUUAGCAAGAGCUUACGGUGUCAUCAAAGAAUCGAAAGACAUGAACACAAUUUGUUCAAAGUUUGCUGUGCCAAGUUUAUGUAUUACCGUACUUCCGAUAUGCCGUACACCGGAAGAAAGCAAUCAUUACUUCUUCCUGAAUAAAAACAAGGCAAAGUCUGUCGAUAAGUUCAUAACAAAGAAAGCUAAGAAAUCGAAUAAAAAGAAAACAACGACGCCGAGAAGUCUCGUUUUCAAAAGUGCUUUUGCUUUAACAACAGCAUCGACGACGACAACAACAAUUUCAUCGACAAGUUCGACAACUAAGAAACCUGAGAAAUAUGAUCAUGUUGAAUUCUCAAGUAACUCUAACUCUUAUUAUGAGCCGAGCUCUUAUCAUGCCACUGAUCAUCCAUUUAAUCAUCUCAGAAAACGACGAAAUGUUGACGUAGACUUUUUAAGUAUUAGAAAUGCUUAUCCACCGACAAAGCAUUCAGAAAAUUUGCGAAGAAUAUGUCGAGCUGAUUGUGAGCUGCUAGAAAAUGAAAUUUGUCAGAAAGAAUAUGCAAUUGCAAAACGUCAUCCAACAAUUGGACAAAUUCUACCACUAGAAGACUGUAAUGAAGUUCCCGAUGAUGAUGAUUGUCUUCGUAUGGGAAUCAAUGUUGACAUUAAUCCUUCCGACACUUGUUUCUGGGACAAUGGAAAUCAAUAUCGUGGAAUUAAAGACAAAUCAAUCAAUGGUAAGCCAUGCUUGAAGUGGUCAAAAGUUCUCCGAGAAAUCACACACAUUGAAUUGGCCAACAAUAAUUAUUGUCGAAAUCCUGAUGCAUCACAAUCAAAGCCAUGGUGUUAUGUUGAUAAACAGAAGACUGUUGAACUCUGUGACAUCCCAAAGUGCUCCGAUAAAAUGUGGUUCGUUAUUAUUUGUGCUCUAAUUCUCUUCUUAAUGACAACAAUGUUCAUCACAAUACUCGUUUGUUGUAAGAAAAUGAGACGACAAAGCGUAUCAAAUAUUCAAAACAUCACCGUUCCUAAUGUUGAUAAGAACAUUUAUGGCAACUCACGACAUAGUUCACCAAUUGAAAUGACAUCAUUACUUGCUACAAAUGGAAUGUCAAAUCUUCACCAUCCAACAAAUCCGAGAGGAAAUUCCAUCAUGAAAAUACCUCAAUAUGGACUUCAAGAUGUGAAGUUUGUUGAAGAGUUGGGUGAAGGUGCAUUUGGAAAAGUUUACAAAGGCGAAUUGUUUCAAAAGAAUGGAGAAAAAACUUUUGUUGCUGUUAAAGCACUUAAGGAAAAUGCAUCACCAAAGACACAACAAGAUUUUCGUCGUGAAAUUGAAUUGAUAUCUGACUUGAAGCAUACUAACAUCGUUUGUAUACUUGGCGUUGUGUUGAAGGAAGAACCACUUUGCAUGCUUUUCGAGUACAUGUCACAUGGCGAUCUUCACGAAUAUUUAAUAUCAAAUUCGCCGAAUGAAGGAAAAUAUUUAAGUCAACAACAGUUCUUGUUCAUAUCAUUGCAAAUAGCUGAAGGAAUGGAAUAUUUAUCGAAUCAUCAUUACGUUCAUCGUGAUCUUGCUGCACGUAAUUGUCUUGUUGGUGAUGAUAUGAUUGUGAAAAUUUCGGAUUUUGGUUUGUCGCGUGACAUUUACAGUAGCGAUUAUUAUCGUGUUCAAUCGAAAAGUCUUUUGCCAGUACGUUGGAUGCCAUCAGAAGCGAUUUUAUAUGGAAAGUUUACAACUGAGUCAGAUGUUUGGAGUUAUGGUGUCGUCUUGUGGGAAAUUUAUUCGUAUGGAAUUCAACCUUACUUCGGUUACAGUAACCAGGAAGUCAUCAAUAUGGUUCGUGCUCGUCAGUUGCUUGCUUGUCCCGAAGCAUGUCCAAGUGCAGUUUAUUCUUUGAUGGUUGAAUGUUGGCAUGAACAAAGUGUUCGUCGUCCAAAUUUUGCAGAGAUCGUCCAUCGAUUGAGAGUUUGGUAUCAAUCGCAAAGGCGACGCGAUCAAAUGGAGAUCAAUACUGGUAGCAUGAAUCGACAACCAUCAACUACUGGCUCAACUAUAAGUGUACGAUCAUUCAAGUAAAUUUACUUGAAUCAAUGUUCUUUUUAAUGUUUAGUUCAUUUAACGCCUUCUUUCCUUGUUUCAAUUUUGAAACUUUGAUUUAUUAAUAUACAUAUUUACAUGAAAUUAUGUAUUUGCUAACUUUAAACCAAAUGUAUUGAAGAUCUCAAAUGAAAUCGACAGUAUUUUUUACAUUCAUGUUAAUUUUAAGAUUCAUCACUCAUCAGUUUAUAUUUUGAUUGUGCCAUAAACAGGAUUCGAAACGAUUUCUCAAUUUAUACCAAAGAUUCAUAUUUUAUAUUCUAAUUGAUUAUCUAAUUAUACUCGCUUUGUGGAUUUUCCUCUCAAAAUUAGACUUUAAGAUUUGCAUUUAAGAAAACUUAUGAUUGAAACGAUAAUAAUGAGUGAAAAAGUUCAUCAAAAGAAUGAAAGCGACAAAUUUUCUAUCACAUGGAAACUUGUCGUGCAACGUCUGAUGCAACAUUUUGUCUCUUGUGACAUUUUGUCACUCAUUCAAUAUAACUUACAUUGAUGUGUGGAUUGACAUUUUUCUUUUUGAGAUCUUUAGAUCAAACUUUAUCGAUCAAGAGUCUCAGUAAUAAUUUUGAUACUCAAAUGACUAUUGUAAGGUAAAGCUUACCAAAAAAUAUAUAAUGAUGAAUAAAGUUUUUUCUGUUUUUUUUUUUUUCAUUUAAACAAGAAA